CUUAUCAAGCUCCACCAGUUUCUUGUAAAUGGGAUUGAUUUCAUUUCUUCGCCAUUUGUCAAGAGGCUUUUUUAAAAUUAUUAUUUUGAGGUAUUUCUUUUGUGUAAAAUUAUUAUUUUUUCCUCACUUUGAGGAGAGGAAUAUCAUGAAAAAGCUGGACAUCUGGGUAGUUAAUGCCUUCUUGGAUAAUUAUUGAGUAAAAUGUUCUGUUUUUUCACUUAAAAAGUUUAGUUUUUUGGCCUAAGUUGGAGCAUAUUACCCCAGUUUAAAAAGCUUUUUGUAUUCUCAGAGUGCUACAUGUUUAAUUCUUAAUAAUUUUUUUUACAUCUUAUUUCAUCAACUAAUUUUGUUUUUUGCCAGUUUUUUAAUGUUUCUUUUGCACUUACUUUAUCAAAAUGGAAAUAAAUUGAUGGAUAUGCUUUGUCUUGAGACACAUCUGGGAGUGGCAUCAUCGCUAACAUCACAGGACAGAUCUGGUUACAGGAAGUGGAGGAGUUGUCAUUAAAAUUUGUUUGAUUAACAAGAAUAAAAUAAAAUUAAAGGAGCCACCUGGCUGAACUACUGAGAAGAAAACCUUAGAAAUCUGGGAGAGAAAACAGGAGUGAAAUCAGACAGAAAGAGGUGUGGCAGCAGAGGAAGGGAGAGAGUGGAUGCUCCCCACACCCUGAGAUGCUGUGCUGGCUGAGGGAGGACGAGAUGUCGGUUCAGGAACUGCUACAACGAGUGCAGUGUGUCAUCACGCAUGUCGAUGAAAUCAUGCAACAGGAGAUCAGGCCCCUGCUGGCUGUGGACAUCAUAGAGCAGCUUCAUCGGCAGUUUGCUUUACUUUCAGGAGGGCGAGGAAAGGACAGUGCCCCCAUCAUCACUUUCCCAGAGUGCUCAGGCUUCAAUGAAGUGCCAGAGGAAGAUUUCCUUAAUGUAGUCACCUAUCUGACCAGCAUACCCAGCUUGGAUGCUGCCAGUAUCGGCUUUAUCAUCAUCAUCGAUCGACGUAAGGAUAAAUGGAGUUCAGUGAAGGCCUCUCUAUCCCGGAUUGCUGGAGCAUUUCCAGGAAACCUCCAGUUGGUGUUGGUGCUGAGACCUUCCAGAUUCUUUCAGAGGACAAUAGCUGAUAUUGGAAUAAAGCUCCACAAGGAUGACUUUAAAAUGAAGAUUGUUAUGCUGAACUCUCUGUCAGAUCUUCAUGGGUAUGUGGAUAAAAGCCAGCUGACCCAGGAGUUUGGAGGAAGUCUUGAGUACUCUCACAGUCAGUGGAUACACCACAGAACUGCCAUAGAAAACUUUGCCUUGACAGUGAAAACUACAGCGCAGAUGCUACAGAGGUUUGGGUCGGAGCUGGCAGAGACGGAGCUUCCCAAUGACGUCCAGAGCACCAAAGACCUGCUCACAGCGCACACUGACAAACACAAUAACCUCAAGGAGGAGCUGAGGCUAGCUUUAAGACAAGGCAGCACCUUGUUUACCUGCAUCAAGGACCAGACAGCCAAAUCGGAGAGCCACAAACUCAAACCUGACGAGAUGGAGAACCAGACAACAGUGGAAAGACUCCUGGCCCAGCUUGAUGAGACAGAGAAUGCUUUCGAACAGUUCUGGUGUAAGCAUCAUCUGAAGCUGGAGCAGUGCCUGCAGCUGCGCCAUUUUGAACAGGAUUUCAGAGAGGUUAAAGUGACUCUGGACACACGGAUGGACUCCCUUAAAAGCCUUUCUGAUGCUGGAGAUUGUGUGGCCAGAGUGGAACAUCUGCUAAAGGAGCUCAAAACACUUGAGGAAAAGGUUCAGCCCACACUAGAAAAGGCCCAGCUCCAUGCCAUGCAUGGUGACCAGCUCAUCCAAAGUGACCACUACGCCGUGGACUCCAUCCGGCCAAAGUGUGUGGAGCUCCGGCGGGUCUGCGAUGAUUUCAGCAACGAAGCCAAGAAGAAGUCUGAUGUCUUGUCUAAGUCUUUGCAUGUACACAUGGGUAUUGAGAAGGUUAACCAGUGGUGUGAGUCUGGCAUCUACCUACUGGCUUCCCAAGCUGUGGAUAAGUGUCAGUCACAGGAAGGGGCAGAAUCAGCUUUAACAGACAUUGAAAACUUCUUGGAGUUGGCAGAAAAGAACCACGUGACAGAACUGAGGAACCUCCACAACCAGUAUGAGGUUAUCCUGUCAGAGGAUGUAAAGGGCAGGGUCCUGAAAGCACUCGGGCGACUGGAGGAUGUUCAAGAGAUGUUUGAGAAGCGACGUGUUAGCCUGAAGAGGCUGUCAGCCAAACAGACCAGACCCAUUCAGCCAGUGGCCCCACGGCCUGAGUCGUCUCCUAAACGCCCUGCACCAAAGAACCCUGCCAGGACUCCUGGGGGCCAGCAGCCCUUGGCUAGAAAGCUCUCUGAUAACUUAAACAGUGGCAAGCAGCCAGCUGAAGCAGAUCCUAACAAGAAGAAGAACAUACGCAAGACCAAGGGCAUCAAGAUUGAGGUGAUGCAUGAGGAAAGCCAGGGAGGCUCCACCCAUGUUGCUGUAUCAAACGAGAGUGAGGAGAGCCUGUCCAAUAGACGCAGACACAUAAUGACAGAGCUGAUUGAAUCAGAAAGAAUUUAUGUGGAGGAAUUACAGAACAUCAUGGAGGGCUAUGUUGCUGAGCUGAAUAACUCGGGGCUUUGCCAUCUCAUCCCCCCCACGCUAGAGAAUAAGCAAGACGUGCUGUUUGGCAACCUGCCAGAAAUAUAUGAUUUUCAUAACAAAACAUUCCUCAUGGAGCUGGAGAACUGUGCAGAGAAUCCAGAACUGGUUGGAACCUGUUUUUUGAAGAGGAAAGAAGAGCUUCAGGUGUAUGAGAAGUACUGCCAGAAUAAACCCCGCUCUGAGGUGGUGUGGCGGCAGUGUGGAGACAGCCUCUUCUUUCAGGAGUGUCAGAAGAAACUGGACCAUAAACUGUCCCUGGAUGCCUACCUGCUGAAGCCUGUACAGAGGAUCACCAAAUACCAGCUUAUGCUUAAGGAAAUGUUAAAAUGCAGUAAGGGAGAGGGGAUGGCUGAGCUGGAGGAGGCCUUAGCUACCAUGCUGGACAUUGUCAAGUCUGUCAAUGACUCCAUGCAUCAAAUAGCCAUCACUGGAUUUGAGGGCAACCUGAGUGAACUGGGGAAGCUGCUGAUGCAGGGAUCCUUUAAUGUGUGGACAGACCAUAAAAAAGGCCAUACCAAGAUGAGCUCGGUGGGGAUAACAGAAAAUGUCAAAGGGGACAACAAAAAGUUUGAAGUGUGGUACAAUGGCAGAGAAGAAGUUUACAUAAUCCAGGCUCCCUCCAUGGAUGUGAAGAAUAUGUGGGUGUCAGAGAUCCGUAAAGUUCUUACAGGCCAGCUAGAAGCAUGCAGAGAGGCCAGCCAGAACAAUAACUAUGGAGUCCCAAUGAGGAAUGUCCGGAAGAUGGGCCUGAGACAGUCAGAUUCAUCUAGUCCAGAGUCAGGAUUCAGGAGAGCUAACCCGAGUCCCAACAUGAGGCAGAAAAAAGCUGAUGCUUCAGCCCACUCAGCUGUUAACGCUCGGAAGCAUUUCACCUUGCAGGGACUUUCCAACAGGAGGUCUCUUCCAGCAGAACCCACAGUAAAAGAGGCAGAGGUCACGCGACGCUUCUCUCUCACUUCCUCUCUUGCCUCCUCUUCCUCUGCCAUGCGACGCACCAAAGGUCCCCUCUCUGCUAGCACUAAGAGCAAGAGACACGAGAUAAAGAGUGAUCCCACUCCAUUUGGCUAUGAAGAUAAGCUAUGUGGUGCAAUGGCUGCACACGGGAAGCAGCAAAGCAUGACCAGCAGCAUCGCUGGUGGUGCUGGUAGCAAAGCAGCUGUCCCCAGAUCAACCUCACAGCCAGGCUGGACCCAGAGACGUCUCCUCUCCAUGGACACAGAGGACUUUGAGACAAUUCCGUCCAGUGGAGAGGAGUCCUCCAACUCUUCUGAGGAUGAAGUCAACAAUAAGAAUGGUGGCAGCAGCCGGUACCGGGUGCAGCUGACAUAUGCGUCAUGUGAAGCAAAAGACCUCCAGUUUCUGGAGGAAGGAGAAAAUGGAAACUGGCUAAUCAAGAACCUUUUAACAGAGGGGCCAAGGCUGGUCCUUUUCUCUACACUUCAAACACCAUCUAAAGGAGAUAUCUUCAGUGAUCUGUGUACAGCAGCACUCUCUGAGUCUGAAGAAAACAACGUCAGUACUUGGGAAGAUGUAUCUCAGGACUGCAAAUAAAGACCAGUGGACUGUUGUAAUCCGUUUGGCUUUGAUCUCAGACAUUGAUCAGCUUAAUAACUGCAGCCUUCAACAUGUAAUUUAAAAGGAUUGUAACUACUUGUACUUCUUUUUAAUGGACUACAGAUAUGCCUUGCUCUUAUUGUUGUACUUUUUUUUUUGUUUGAUUCACUGAUGUUUGUCAGUGAGACUCCGGCAGGAAGAAGCUGGAACUUUCUCAAGUGCCACUGUUAGAAAACCUACUCCUAUAUUUUAAAAAUCAUUUCUACUAGGGAUGCACAAUAUAUCAGCACUAACAUCAGUAUCAAUCGAUUAGUAACUUUUUAAUACAUCGAUUUGAUAAAUCAAACUAGGCCAAUAUUAACAACUGAUAUUUUUUUCUAUAUUGUUGCCAUUUGUUUAUGGACGGGAGAGAAGGAGGUUGGUCGUGUGGUAUUUUUUUGGUCAUGUGAUAGUAAUGUUGAUGCAGCAAACCUCAAACAGAGAAGCACUGGGAAAGUCAGACAUAUAUAGUAUAUAGUAUAUAUAGUGUUGGUUAUUAGUCAUAGCAAUAUUAAUAUUAGCUAUUGAUAUUGGCCCAAAUGUUCAUAUUGUUGCAUCCCUAAUUUGUACUCCCACUGAGUGGAGCAGCUAUAUACAGUAAACGCAUCCCAUAACUUCAGAUUUACAGUCUCUUCAGAAACUAUUCAGAGCCACUUUUUAAAAUUAUUUUCAAUACAGUUAAAAAUGCUGCUGGUAAAAUGUGCUAAAUAUGUGAAAAGAUGAAAUUGACAUUUACUGACAUCAGCAAAUUUUCUUGAAGCUGCUUUCUUCUGCUCCUAAACCUGUUCUUUAAUAGCUUCUGUAGAAAGAAGGGAAUAACUUCUCCAUAGCCCCUUCACUGCCCUGUCACAAAAACAGGUGCCUCCUGGUAAAUGCUUGAUAUUCUUUAUUGUAAUCUCAGCCUGAGUAUUUAGUGUUUUAGUUUAAUUACAUCAAAAUGUUUUGCCACACAGGUCAAAAUUAUGACGUGAAAAGGACAUGUGGACCCCCAAAAAUGAAAAAGAAAAUCCAGAAAUGUGACAUUUAUUUUUACCCAACCAGCAAACUAAAACUUUUAUGUUUUAAUGAAUUGAAUUAAAACAUUUGUAGAAAAUGUAUCUAUAAAUCAGUAUAAUUCUGAUUUAUAGAUGCAUAAAUCAGUGUGAAUCUGAGACAUAAAUGGGGUUCUUGCUCCACUGAUCUGCCUGACUCAACCCUCUCCAUUAUCUAGAACAAAACAACGACAAAAAGAACAAAAUGUCUCCUUUGUGGCUGCAUUGUCUCAUUAUACAAUACACAUGUGAAAACAAAACUCUUAAUAUCAUGAUUCCAGUUUCUCUGUGACUUGUUAGGUGAAGAUUAUUGUGAUUGCAUUCAAUUUGAAACAACUUAAGAGAUCUGAAUAUUUUCUGAGGAGACUGUUCUGACUUGCCUUUGUGCACAUCUGUAAGAAAUUAAUAGCUGUAGAAUUACUGCAAAAUACUUACAUUACUUUAACAGCUCUUAAUAUAAAAUAUCUUUAAUUGGUUUUACAUAAGUGAAAAUUCUGAAAAAAGAUGUUGAUGAUACAAAAUUAUAACUAAUGAUUUUUAUGUCACUCAGGGGCAUAAUGGCAAUUUUUGCAGAGUUAGUUUGUUGGGGCUUGUUUACUGUGUUUUAGUUGACUUCAGAGCUGGUUAUGUUUUUUGUUUGAGCAGAUAGAAAUGCUAAAGGGGUUCAUCUGCAUACUGAUAGAUCAGCUCCAGCUUCAUGAAGAGGGGUUCUGCCCCAACCAGAGUUAGCUCUUAUGAGCCUAAAAGUGGAACAAGGCCGUGAUGCCAAUAGCACAGUAUGCAGAGUCACAUGCAACCGUGAUUAAAUGACCAUCUUGGGCUUGGACUGAUUGGUGCAACAUGAACACAUUUCUUCUGUCAGGGGUUCUUGCAUCUUGGAAAGUCUAAUUCACAACAAAUUCUUUUUAUCAGCUAAAGAUGGUUAAAUCACUUCCUGGCAGAAAAAAACAAUAAAAUCUGAUGUGUUUUCCAUUUUCUUCUUUGUACAUCAUCAUGGAAAGUAUGAGGAAGAAAUCAGAUGUCUUUUGAAGGAAAUGAUCAUUUUGGUGUUCAGAAACCGAUUUGUCUCUUCAACAUGUUAUGCUUCAUGGCCCAGAGAAAAGCUCACACUCAUUUCUACAUAAUGAGAUUCUGUUCAAAACAUUUCACACUUUGAGUUGCUGUUUUUGACUUUACACCUGCAGACAGGACACACUCAAAUAUUGUUUCUAAUAUUUGUUAUUAGGCUGCACAGUGACAGGAAAGUAAAUGCUUAGUGGUUAUAUUCAGAAAACUGUUUGACACCGUUUCUUAUGUAUAAUUAACUUGUUCUGACACAUUUCUGUUCGUUACAUUUCACCGUCAGGGUCAGCAGCAGAAGGACUUGUUUAUUCAGCUCACUUUCACAUACUGUUUAAAUUUCCAUCACAAUAUUUUUAAGACCAAGCGUGAAAGCUAAAUAUUUUACUACAGUAGUUACGUUUCAAAAUUUAGUGCUGGUCCCCAAUCUGUGAAAGCUGCCAUUUUAAAUCAGGGACACUGUAAACUAUUAUUCUAACUAUAAUCUAAAGUACACUGAAUAAAAAGUUCUGACUAUUAAACAAUAUGCUCUAAAGACUUUUAGAGAACUAAUCUUCAGUAAGCAGCGUAUGUUUCAUGAUGUAGAUAAAACAUUUGUCUUCAACUGAUAUUGAAUCUAUUUUAUCUUUUACUGCUGUGUCUAUAUACACUUGUUCCCCUCUGUUGAACAUGCAUUUUUGAACAUUUGUAUUUUGAUGACAUCACUUUGAGAACAUUGAUAUAUACUGUAGCUUCCCGGUUUCACUCCCAGAUGGAUUAUAUCUUGUUUAAAUUACCCUGGCUACAAGCUGUAAUGUGUUUGAAAUUAAUGAAUACAUCAGAGUUUAUCACAGGUUGUCAGAUAACUGGACACAUACCAUAGGGAAAGAUAUUACUGUGCUACAGUGUAAUAUAGAGUGAGCCCCUUAAUGAGUAUAUUAAUGAAUGAUUUGUUUAUAAGAAUUGAUCCAUGAGUGUAAUUUGCAUUGAUCCACAUAUUUUGUUUGACCAGAAUUAAUUGGAAAAUGCUGUAUCUUUCUUUAGGAAAUAAUUCUGUUAUACUGCAUCAUGGACAAUGCUAUAAUCUUUUCAACUGUAUAAUGUAUAUUGUAUCUGUUAUUAUAUUGUACAUAUUGCUCACAAUGAUGAAAUACCUUAACAAUAUGAAAAUUGCUGCCUUGUUUCUUUUGGACUUCUCUUUUUUUUCUCUAUUCUAUACCGUGCCUGAUAGGUGAAAAUGUGAUGCAAAAUCCAAAAGAAAAGAACUACAAUCACAGAAUAUAGGAGCAAAAACCUCCAAUCAACAAAACAAAUGCAAACAAAAAUUGUUGCAACCACUGGAAAUAGAAGCAAAAUGAAAAUGCUGCAAUUAGCAAGUAUGAAAUGCUGAAAGAUUUUUUCAUAAAAUGGAACUUCUAGACCAGUAGGGGAAGUAUGGAGCAGGUAUUUUGCUAUUUGCAGCAUUUUCCAUUUUGCUUCCAUUUUCUGUGGAUGCAGUAUUUUUCUGUGUGCAUUUGAAUUGCAUUCUUUCUCCACGUCUCCAGGCAGGCAGCCUGUAACAUCAUCAACAUUAAUUUUACAUGAUAGAGUAAUCAGAGCUUGCCCAAUAUCCACACAUUCUUGUAAACCUCUUAAUUUUUCUUAGAUUUGUGGUACAUGCUAGUCUGUAACCUAUGCUUUCUAUUCAUUACACCCAGGCAAAAUAUUAAAAGUUUGCUCAGAGUACAGUACAAUAUAAUAAUCAUAUUGGCAGCUGUCUUUGUAUGUGUUUUUAGUUUAACAUGUAAGUUUGAUCUUAAAGGGGCCGUAUUAUGAAUUUUCCAGGCACAUCAUUCUAUUUUAUAGCACAUAAAAGUAAUUAUGUUACCUUCAGUUAGUAUA